AUGCGUCGAUGCGCGCGCCUCGCCGCGCUCCUCCUCCUCCUCGUCGCCGACACCGUCGCCUCCUCCCGCACGGAGGCCACGUCCACGUCCACGGCCACGCCCAGCGGCGCCCCGGGGUCGGCGGGCGCCCCGGACGGCGUGCCGUCGGAGCCCCUGCCGCCGUGCCUGGAGGAGCUGCUGCCGUGCACGGCGUACCUCAAGACCUCCAAGCACCCCUCGCCGACGUGCUGCACCGCCAUGCACAACGCCGCCGCCGCCGAGAUGCCGUGCCUCUGCCACCUCUUCGCCGACCCGAAGCUGCUCACCAUCUUCAACGUCACCCGGGACCAGAUGUUCAGGCUCCCCGCCCGCUGCGGUCUGCCCGUCGGCUGCCGCGCCGGGGCCUCCCAAGACCACGACCCAGUCGUGGAAGCGCCGCCGCCGCCGGCAGGGACGCACCAGCACCAUCACGGUGGUGCUUCGUCGAGGAGCAGCGAGUUCUGGAGCGUCUGGGGCGUGGUCGCAUCGCUGGUGGUGCCCAUGGCUGCGGUAUUCUAGGCUGUUUUGGAUGAUCUCGAGCCGAUUCCUUUUU